UCUCUACCGUAAAACCGCCAUCAAGGAGGGAAAACAAAGCGGAAGUUAGCAAGACGACCCUGAGACAAAAACGCCCGCUUGUCCGAUUUUACUCGAGUAAAAACAUUAAAAAUGUUAAAAGUGUUGGUCAAGGAACGACUAAUGGCGGCAGCGGAUGAAAUAUUCGCGCUGUUUGGAAAAACGAUCUCUUCGUACGAGGAGGAACUUUCCAGAAGCAAAGAGGAGAACGAGCGGCGUCGGCAACACUUAGAAGCAGUUUGCAAGAGUGGAACUGUGCUACAAAUUGAGGACGUCCAGCAGCUGUUUGGUCGUCAGGGAGAAAGCCCUCCUCAAGCGGUGAGCUCCCCUUUAAUGCAGGAGGAUCCAAAGCCCCCCUGCAUUAAAGAGGAAGAGGAGGAACUCUGGAUAACUCAGAAGGGCGAGCGUCUUCUAGGGCAGGAGAAGGCUGAUCUCAUCAAGUGUCCACUGACUGGUGUCUCUGUGAAGACCGAAGACCAUGCAGACAAAUCCUCAGAGCUUCAUUACAAACCAAGCAGAAGAAGCUUGUCGCAACACCUGACAACAGAAGUCCACGGAGACCACUGUGGAGGAUCACAAGCAGACCACCUCUUAGCUCCACUAUCAGAUAGUGAUGAGACCAAGUCACACUGCCCUCAGGAUAAAGACCGAGAUGAUGCCCAAGAACCUUUGAGCAGUGAUACAGACUGUGAAGAUGAUAUUUGGACUCACACUGACAAAAAACAAUCGGCAUGCUCUAACGAGAAGACGGUUAAAGAACAAUGGGCUUGCUCCGUUUGUGAUAAAAGCUUCACUCAGAAGUGCAAUUUGACCCAACACAUGCGGACACACACCGGAGAAAAACCUUUCAUUUGCUCAGUUUGCGGUAAAGGAUUCUCCCAGAAAGGCGCGAUGGUAGUACACAUGAGGAGACACACAGGAGAGAAACCCUUCAGGUGUUCAAUUUGCGAGCAAAGAUUCUCUCGAAAAGUCAACGUCGUUACGCACAUGAGAACGCACACGGGAGAAAGACCCUUCAGGUGCUUGGUUUGCGGUAAAAGUUUUUCUCAAGACGCGACGUUUCGCUCGCACAUGCGCACGCACACCGGGGAGAGACCCUUUAGCUGUUUGAUUUGCGAUAAAAGAUUUGCGCGAAAGCUAACCAUGGUCUCGCAUAUGAGGACGCACACGGGGGAAAAACCCUUUAGUUGUUCAUUUUGCGAUAAAAAAUUCUCUCAAAAGUCCAAAAUGGUGAUACACAUGAGAACACACACAGGAGAACACAUGUUUCAAGAAGGGUUGGGGUCAGCUUCAGAUAAAGAAUAACAUCUUAAAAUUGGCGCUUCAACGAUCAGUCGGCCGACACGUAUAAUUGAUUUUCAGUAUUUCAACUAAGGAAACUCCUAUUGGCCUUUCUUUGACUUUCUUCAUGGCAAUAAUACUUAAAGUCAAUACCCUUAGCUCCAUUGAAAUAAUGUAACCUUACCAACCACAGCCAUUAGAUUUUAAUUUUUUGGAGGGCGAGGAACAAUGGCUUAAAUGGCAGCCCUCGUUUGAUGCAUCUCGGUAAGGAAAAUUUAAAUAAUUAUUAUAUAAAUGGUGGAAUAUUUUUAUUUUUAUUUUUAGUCCAACGAAUUUUGACCCUAACUUCAGUCAAUUUUGUAGGGAUGUAACGAUUGCUCGUAAAUUGCUGACGGUUCAUACAACCGUUUUAAAUUUUAAUUCGCAUACAAUCGUGAUUGAGUACCCAUUCCAUCCGUCCAUUCAUUUUCUACCGCUUGUCCCUUUCGGGGUCGCUGGAGCCUAUCUCAGCUGCACAUGGGCGGGGUACACCCUGGACAAGUCGCCACCUCAUCGCAGGGCCAACACAGAUAGACAGACAACAUUCACACUUUGUUUGUGUAAAUCAUAAAUAAAAACAGAAUACAAUGAUUUGCGAAUCCUUUUCAACGUUCUGGGUGUUGUUGAUAAAAUGGCAUUGCCGCACUUUGGAAAAAUGUAUGGCGAUUUCGCUCAUUUCCUGGAACUAUUUGCGAACUAGCUUGAAAAUGCUAAUGACCUAUUGUUAGCACAUUCAACAAUACCAUUAUGAUAUCCAUAUUUGUAGUCAUUUUGGCCGCAAUAUCGUGAUAUGAAACGUUCAUAUUGUUACAUCCAUAAUCGUGCGGCGAUAGUGUUUACUUCAGUUGUUCCCAACCUUUUUGACCUCUGAAUAAUGUAAUAAAAGCUUACAGAUUACACAGUUAACAACUAUAACCAUGGAAACAUCAUUUGCGUAUAUUGUUCCUAGAAAUGGCUAGUAUUGUAUUUGUUUUGUUGGAGUUAUGUCUUUAAUCCCGUUCUUUAAUUUCAUUUCAUAUAAAUAUAGGCUGUGGUUGUGUUUUUCUUUCUCUAAAGUUGUAUUUCUCUUAUCUUGUCGAGAAUAAUUGUUGUGCAUUACUCGAUAUCAUGUUGUUCUUUGCUUUCUGCAUGAUUUGACCUAUUUUUUUGAAUGAUACUAGAUCUGAAAAUGUAUGUAUAAUAAUGGUGAUUUCAUGAAUCGCAGGUGUGUGUUCUCUAUAACCAACAUUGUGGAUUUUCCUGACUAAACUUUUUUAUAGUACAUUUUAGUGAAUGACGUAUGCUCUUGUAGUUGUUUCCCCGUAUGUCCACAAAAUAUCGCAGACGUGCAUAACGCCAUAAAACAAUAAA